UGGCGCGAAAGUGACGUCAUAUUGAUUUGCAAGGAGACGGGAGAUCCCACGUCGACCUCUCCUCCUCGUUUCUUAGCCGCCGUGUAAUUUUGGCCGGGUGUUCGUGAGUGCCUGGAGGCUGCGGCGAUGGGCGAGCACGCGGGGCACCGGCUGUAGGGGGCGAGGGGUGCCCAAGACCACUGCCAAGGGUUUGUUUACAUGCAAGAUGGCGUAGAGGGCCAUCUCAGCGUCCAUCCACCAUGCAGCACCGAGGACCAGUGGCCGUCGUGCCUGCUGGGGGAGGCCAUCAUGCGCCAAGACCUAGUGGCCCCAUCAACCAUGCCCCCAGACCUAAUGGCCCCACCAAGACCACCAGUAACACCACCACCACCAUCACGAAGACCAAUGUCACCCCCUCCUCACCCAACAUGGACAGCACGCUCAGCCUAGUGAAGCAGCUGGUGACCCACUUCGUCGAGGCUUCCUUUGGACAGUGUAGGGUGAGAGACAGGGACCAGGAGGAGGCCUUCAAAGGGAGGCUGAAGGUGCUCGUCUACUCCAUUCUCCUCUCACACAGGAAAGACUACGCGCGGGAGAACUCAUCUUUGCGGCUGAACGAACUGGAGGAGGUGAUCUGGCACACCCACGUCUUGCGCCAGCAACGGAGAUUCGACGACGGCAACGCCCUGGACGGCUGCCUCCACGCCCUCAGAGAACGAGGGCACUUGGAGGCCGGGAGUGAUGUGCGGACAGUGAUGAGGUUCCUGGUGGCUCUGAAGGGGCAGGGUGGGGCGGUGGGGGAGGUGCAGCAGCCCGUCCUGGCUGAACUCAGACCCAGGAUUGUGCACCAGAAGGAGAACACCCCGUCCUUCCUUCCACCGGGACCUCUACAGUAUGGAGACACAUUCCUGCAGAAGGCAGAGACCGGACGUCCUUACCUCUCCUUCCCUUCCUCCUUGUACACUCGCUUGGCCACACAUCUACCGCAGGAUGGAGGAGGCUCAAUGGGGAUGUCCAGCGCCCCCUUUGAUGUGGAGGAGAUGAUCCGCCUCAGCAGUGCUCCUCCUGGCACUGGCGUCAGCCCACUCCUCACUGGGGAAAGUGAUGCCCUGAAAAGGGGGAAAGUCCUGGGAGCACUACUGCAGGAGUCCAGGAAGGAGGUGAGCCCCAACAUGGCUCUCUCCCUCCCCAGACUGCCAAACAAUGCCAAAGGUUACAACCCCUUCAGCCUCUCCUCCUCACUCACCACAAAAGCUUCCACCACCACCACCCUGCACUCCACCUCCCCUUCAGGCACCAGUGGUGUUGGAGGUGAUGAAGGCUAUGCAUCCUCCCAUUCCAAUGCCAGCCACUCCACAGAGGAGGAGGGGGAGGAGGACCCCUGGGAAACUGUGCUGGCUGCCCUUCCCCUGAGCACCCACCGCUCCUGGGCCACCCUCGGACACAUCCCGGAGACCAAGGAGAAGCCCUUCAUAUCUGAGGCAGGGACAGAAACGACACACAAUGUGUGGCUGCUGUACCAGGAGCUGUGGUCCAUUGUAGGGGGCCACAGCAUUCCCCAGCUGUGUGUGCGGCCCGUCAAGGAGCUGUGCCAGGACAUACUCUACCUCCUCAUUGGUGUCCCUUCAAAUAGCUUCCUUUGGUCUGAUGAGGAGGAGUGUUUCAGCAUCAAGAGUGGGCUUUGCCACCCCAACAUCACCCCUGAGGCACUGAAAGGCUCUCUGCUGCCCCUUGUUGAGUGCGGCACUCUGGUCCGCAGGCUGGAGGUGCUGUGUUCCACCCCAAAGUUUGACACACAGCAGGUGUUGACACAGGGCUCGGUGUUCAUUGCCUUCACCUUCGCCAUAUCCAACAUGCUCCAGACAUACAGAGAGAAGGUGCUCAAUCUGGGAGACGAAACUCUCCUCUCAGGACUGCUGGAUAAAGCUCAGCCACUAGUCAAGAAAAUCAAGUUUGUUGCCUCUCUUUGCAAAAUUACAACAAAUAGUAAAAGAACCAAGGAGUCACAGAAUGUCUCAAGAGAUACAGCAGGGAUUAACAGAAUUAAGGAGACAACCGACAUCUCAUUGGGAAUCAGUAACAAGAGACAGCUGGGGAAGGUGGAGGAAGGCCCGGCAUGUCUUCCAAGAGGCCUGUGUCUUCUGGGGGACCUGCUCAACAGUAUCACCACCACAAAGGACAGAGACUGCCUCCUCCUCCUUAUCUCCAUCUUUAAAAGCUCCUGUAUGCCCUUCUUUAGGUAUCUGGAGGAAUGGAUCUACCAGGGAGUGUGUUCAGACCCUGGGGCAGAGUUCAUGAUAGAAGUGAGUGGUGCAGCGCUUCUUAGGAGAGACCGCAUGUAUUGGACCUCUGGCUACACCCUGCGCCCCCACACCUCUGUCCCUUCCCUGUUCCGAGAUGUGCUGGAGGAAGCUUUUGUAUGUGGCAAGACCAUCAACCUCCUGCGAGUAUGCUCCGCAAAGCACUACCUGGUGUCUGGGAGUAACGACCAGCCAGCGAUGCAGCUUUGUGUGUCUGGUGAUGAGCUGGCACACAUGCAGAGCCGCUGUGAGGUGUAUGCUGCCCACAUGGACCAUGUGGCAGCUCAGAUGCAGGUCACAGUGCAGCGGAAGGCCGAGGAGGAGAGGCUGCAGAAGCACAGGCUUAUGACUGUCUCUACAAACAAGCACGCUGCCGUCCUGAAAGAGAUAGAGAGCAAGAUGCAUGAGCGUAAUCAGCACGUGAAGGAACAGAAGGCAGCCAAAUUCAAGGAGCUGAAAGAGGAGAUGGAGAAAGCAGAGCAGAGAAAGCAGGAACAGAAGGACAAGGAGGCAAAAGAGGAUUGCAAUAUUGCUCAAGAACAGGAAGAGAUGGAGAGGAGGAAAAUAGAAAAAGAAAAUGCACUAAGGAUCCAGAUGGAGCAGUUCUAUCAGCGAAAGAUAAGAGAAGCAGAACAGGCUGAGGCACGGGCCAAGUGGAAGGUGCAGAGGUGGUCCCUAAAUGCUGCACGAAAGCACUGCAUUGAAAACACCUCAUGGGACCCUGCAGAGGCAGAUGACACAGCCCCUAAAACGACAGAGGAAGAGGAAGUCAGUUAUUCCUUCCCCCAGACACCUGAUUCCAUCCCUGAAGAGCCUUCACCACUGGAGCAGGAGCAGGGCCCUAUUGGUGGUGCUCUUAAGCGGCCGCACCACAUGUACACACAGGGACAACACAGGGCAAAAGGGUGUACUUUUGCACCAUACCACCUGCAGCCUGAAAGGAAUGAGGAGCUCCUGAAGGAAAGCCCAAACCAAGAAGUCUCUUCAGUGUCUGAUAUGACAGCUUCACUAAUGAGCACAUCCUCAGAUUUUGUAGACACUCCAUUUGAUGAAAACCUUCCAGAAUUUGAGGCUGACCCCAAAAUACAGACAAUCCCUGAAAGCUGUGCUGUGGAAAACACUAAUUAUGCAUACAUGAAGAGUUCCAUUGAAGCAGCCUUAUAUGACAAUGGUAAUGGCAACCUUAAUCUUUCUCCUCCUGGUGCCACUACCUCGCCCAUUACUGCUCCUCCAGUCAUGCUCACAGCGUCUCCAGAUGCCAAUGCAAAUGUGCCAGAGCCAGUCACCAUUAUUGAGGCUCACACUCAAAAGGAGGACCACCAGGGAAAUAAAACAGACCACACCAGUAACACAGUGACCCAAAUUGAAGAUCAUCAAGGCAAUACCACAGAUCAGAGUGUCACACAGACUCAAGACUACCAGGGGAACACCACUACAGAUGACAGCAACAGCAACUUAAAUGAACUUGUGCUACAGUUCAAGGAGAGGCGAGCCCAGGCUGCUGCCAUCAAAGAGAAGGUGCUGAAUGAGUACCACCAAACCACCACCAAGAACAACAUGAACAUCAUCAAGUCAAGGGCUGUCACCUCAUCAUCAGCAGCUAAGAACAAGCAGCGCGUCGUUGAAACUGAGUAUGGCAUGACAGACACAGAAGCACAGCAGGAGGCAUUUGGAGGCGCCAAGUCAUACAGCCGACAAGUCUCCAGCACAAGCACUUCCAGUUUCCUCUCCUGCUCAUCCUCAGAGAGACCAAUGUCCACCUCGACAGCCUUCACCACCCCAGAUGAGGAAAGGCCAAUUUUGAUUGACCAGGUUGGCGGGGAGGUUCUGAAGGAGCGUGGCCGCAGCAUUCAUGGCCAUGCCUCUGAUGCUGUCAUUCAUAAGCUGCUGUGGAAAAAUGAACCCACGCCACUCCCCAGCCCCAACACUCCAAAGACAGAAGUCACUCCUAUAAAAGACUUGGUGGAGGAAGCCCUCAAGAACCUCCCAGUGCAGAAGACACCAUACUAUGACCUGGAGUUCAUGAAGCUCAUGGACCAGGAGCCUCUGCUGGACAUCACUGGCAGUGCUCUGAGGGGAAGACCUAACACCCGACCCUCCUCUACCAAAGCUUCCACCGCCUCUGAGUCCUCAUCAUCCACCACCUUGGCCUCCACUUCCACUGCCUUGACUUUCUCCACGUCUUCCCCCUUUAACCCCACAGAUGCCCCCUCAACUCUCGAGCUCUCUUGCGUCCCAGUGUACUUCAUCCGCUCCAUCAGAAUGCACCUUGCAACACAGAGCCGACUGGUGAAUGAAAGCUUGCUGGCAGAGGUGUUAGUGCAGAGAAGUCUCCUUGACCACUUUACGGCCCUGCGCUCCCUUCUGCUGCUCCAUGAUGCCCACUUUGCCCGGGCUCUCACCACCAACCUCUUUGGAAAGCUGGAGCCCACCACCUGCCCUGCUACACUGCUUGUCCCCACCAGGCUUAACAACAUUCUCAACAAGUCUGUGGCAGAUUCCUGUUGGAGCACCAAUCCCUUGGCAGAAAACCUUUCCUUUGUGGUCACCAGCAUUCCUCCAACCUUCACACACACCACAAGCAUUGUAGACUGCCUUGAACUGAGGUAUCGUGUGUCGUGGCCUCACAACCUCAUCCUAGACAACAACAACCUGACUUCCUACUCUCGUGUGUGGAGCUUCCUCGCCUCCCUCCACCAUGCCAUCUGGGCCUCGGACAACCUCUUCUGCCACACCGCCUUCCUCAGUCGGCAGGACAAGGAAGGGCUGCUUUCCCGAUCUUCACAGUUCCACCAACUAUGCCUCCACCGCCACAAAAUGCACCACUUCCUCCAGGCCUUGCACGCAUAUGUCAUCAGUCAGAUUCACCAAAUAAGCUGGAGCAGACUUGAGGAGAAGUUGCAGUCCAAGGUCACCUCCCUGGACCACCUGUACACCCUCCACAGCUCCUUCAUUGAGGCCAUCAUCUCCAGGUGUUUCCUCAGCCAGAAGGGACAGGUGGUACAGAGGCUGAUCAAGGAGGUGUUCUCGUGCACCUUGCGCUUCUGCUCCCAGUUCCUGGCCCACCCAUUUGUGCUGGAGGAGCUGGAGGGCGGCAGGCAGACCAUGGUGCACCCUGCCUUUGCUGCCCUGAAGGACACCUUCCAGGAGUUUGAGUCUCAUGCUGCCUUCCUGCAUAAAUUGCUGGUGAAGGUCGGGAUGCGGGUGCUGCCACACUCACACCAGGAGCAGCUCCUCUUCCUCCUCGACUACAACGAACACUACACGAUGCGGAGGAACAGACAGGAGAGGCGCAAAUAGACACCGAAAAGGAUUGUAGACUCCUUGGAUAGACACAGAACAAGCCCCGCAUUUUCUCCCCCAACCCCCCUCACGUCUUGAAUGGUUUCACAACUUUAUUUCUAUCUCGAUCAUAUAAUUUUAUUUUUUUUUUCAUUUCCAUACUACAUUGCGCUUAUAUACUCGUACAAUCUAUAGUAACAACCCGUUGCUAUUAGUGCCAUGUAAAUCAUAAACAAUCAAUGACUUGGUGCUCUCUCUCUCUCUCUCUCUCUCUCUCUCUCGACAAACAGCCAUUCCUUAUAUAAAAAAAUGGACCUGCUGUGCAUUCCCCUUUUAAUCAUAUAUAUAACAACCAUUCCAUCAUUAAUUUAUUCCAGUACUAGUACAUUUAUUAUGCAGUUAUAGCACAAAGUAAGUGUCAUCGUACAAUAGUUACACCUCGUUGUGAGAAGCAUAGACUAAUAGUAUUAAUGGAGGUAUUUAUUUGAUCUCAGCUGCGUGUUUAGAGUGGAGAAGUAUUGGCUAUUUUUUACCUGUUCUUGUUGCUGGCUUACUCCUUGAUUCUAUGAGGCAGUUGUAGUACUAUCAGUUGACACCGUGACGUAUCGCUAUCAGGGUUGUGGAGUCGGUGAUAAGAGUCGGUAAAGAUCGCAUGACUCAUUUAGAAUCUUGAGCAUUCACAAUAUUAUAGACGCACUUCAUAUAAUUUCUGGUGUGGACGAAGUAUCAUAAGUGGUUUACAAUGGUUUACGCCAACUACAGAAAAAUUAAAGUGUGUAUUUUUGUUUGUUCCGAUACCCUACGCCCCUGCCCACCCAGCAGUGAAUGGGUACCAGGUAUUAAUCGGGGGUUGUGUCCCGUCUCCUGGGAUCUGUUUCCUUAUAUAAUUCCUUCCCCUUCUCUCUCUCUCCGGCAUAUGACCACAGAUGUUGCGCCGACUAAACGAAACUUUCCAACUUUGACUCACAAUAUGAACACUUUGUACCUCGGUGUUUUUUUUUUUUUUUUUUUUACACUUGGGGCAAAUUAUCAAUAUGGUUCACGCAAAAUCUCCAGUAAGAUACAUGUAAACAGGGCCGGUCAUAGGAAACAACACGUAAUGUAAUCAGAGAUGUGUAUUUUUUUUUUUUCCGAGUGUUAAAAGAUUAUUUUCAUUCCCCACGACUCCACAACCUAAGUUUCUAUUCUACGCUUAUCGAGAAUAUAAAAACAAUCACGUACGCUAUUGCACGGGAUCUGAUUCUUAUGGCAGCCAUCGCCGUCAUCAACACGGAGCUAUGUAUAUAGAAUGGGAGUGUUUGGCUAAGUUCGUCACAUACGCCAUGUUGUUACCAAACGACAAAAGCCGCGCGAAAAUCAAAUUGGUGCUGAUACAAUGCUUUGUGUGUGUGUGUGUGUGUGUGUGUUCUCGGUAUCAUCAAAAUCUCGAAAAAGUACCCAGAGCAGACAUACAAAAAAAAAAAAAAAUCAGCAUCAAUUUAAAUUUCGCGCUGCGCUUCUGGUAACAACUGAGCAGGGCCAAACUCUCCUCUUCCAUGGCUCUGCAUCCACAUUACUGUGAGUGCCGGAGAAGGACGUCCCUGCUCACGGGGAAAUAAGGCUGUUCAAGGUGUGAUAUUAACUUACGAGCCCAUGUGAUGGUAAUUAGAAUAAGGUACGGCGCUUGUUUUUUUUUUUUUUUUUUUUUUUUCUAUGUCCAUGUGAACGAAACUGGAGUGAGAUUUUCUAAAGAUACCGUGUUUGGAUGUUUUUUCUUUGUUUAUAUAUAAGUAAGAAUUUCCUGCGAGUCGGGGCGCCUCGCUCACAGAAAUCCUGCUGAAAAGACUGAUGACUGCUUGAAUUUAUCCCUCCGUAUUGGCGCUUUAACACUGUCUGUCGCUGAAGGUGAAAAUAAAACCUAAAGAGUA